CAAAACACCCACCGCCGACAACGACGAUGAUCGUGACGGGCGGUGAUCGGCGUACGUGUUGGAGGCGGAGGCGCCGAUUGGUGGCUUUGCUCUCCGCAGUUUUGGCCCUCGUGAUGGGCCCCUCGUUGUCCUGGGGCCACAGACCGGCGCCGAGCAAUCCGAUCAUACUUACCACCACAAGCAGCACAGCCAUGCCCAUCUUGGUGCGGCUGAGGAACGGUACCAGCGUGCAGGUGUACGAUAACAACAACAAUGGUUAUAACGUUGCGGGGCUCGAUGGGCGUAAUAGGACUAACGAUAACGAUACGGAUCUGAAGAGGCCGCUCUUCCCCGAUGAUCUGUUCACCAACGAUCAACGGCGCCGUGGUGCCGUGAUACUUCACAUACUCGGCGUGGUGUACAUGUUUGUCGCACUGGCAAUCGUCUGCGACGAGUUCUUCGUACCGUCGUUGGACGUGAUCAUCGAGAAAUUCGAGAUCGCCGACGACGUGGCCGGUGCCACCUUCAUGGCCGCCGGUGGAUCGGCACCCGAACUCUUCACAUCUAUCAUAGGCGUAUUCGUGUCGUUCGAUGAUGUCGGUAUCGGCACUAUCGUCGGCUCCGCUGUCUUCAACAUCCUCUUCGUAAUCGGCAUGUGCGCUAUAUUCUCGCGUUCGGUGCUGUCGCUCACAUGGUGGCCUCUAUUCCGUGACUGCACCUUCUAUAGCGCCAGUCUGCUCACCCUGAUUUACUUCUUCCGCGACAGUUACAUACACUGGUACGAGGCGCUCGUGCUCUUUGGAUUCUACCUGGCUUAUGUGAGCUUCAUGAAGUGGAACCAGCCGAUGGAGAAGCUCGUCAAAAGGGUGCUCUACAGGAACAAGGUGACCCGGGUCAGGUCUACCGAUCAGCUGAUGCCCUCGCACCAGAGCGCCGCCCAGGCAUUGCAGCAUCCGAACGCGACCAACAGUAGCGAGACGAGCGUGGGUGGCGUGUCGGGUGCGUGCGGAAGCAGCGGCAUACCGGCGCCCGGGGAGGCCGGAUGCAGCAGCAGGGGUGGCAGCAGCAGCGGUGCCGGCGGCGGUGGUGGCGGCGGAGUUGCUGGACAGGGCUGCGAACGGGUCCACGGGGGUCCAUCUCACCACCAGAGCCACGCGAAGUUCCGGCAUGGCCUGCUGCAGCUUAUGAUCCACACGAUCGAUCCGCUCCACGACGGUCAGUCCCGCGCCGGCAAGGUGGACGAGAAAGCGACGCAGCUGCACGCGAUCGCGUCGCUGAAGGUGUUGCUGGAUGCCACCAGGCCACACAACGGCGCCGCGACGUCGACCGCCGCCCAUUAUUCCGGCGCACCCUCGAAGGAGACGACCCUGCAGCUGCAGCAGGGCUCGCAAGGCACCACCACCACCACCACGACUACGACGACCACCGCCGGCACCACCGCCGGUAUCCAGGAACUUCCGAAUGGCGGUAUCGCCGCUGGUCUCGACGCUGGCCUCGAAUCGGGCGAAGAGGAUGAACCUCCAGAGGCUUUGGACAUGGGCUGGCCCAGCAGCCCGAGGAAAAGGCUAACUUACAUCUUGGUCGCGCCAAUCUUAUUUCCCCUCUGGUUGACGUUACCAGAUACGAGAACACCUAGAGGAAAGAAGUUCUUCCCGAUAACGUUCAUCGGCUCGAUCUUCUGGAUCGCGGCGUACUCGUACCUGAUGGUCUGGUGGGCGAACGUCGCCGGCGACACGGUGGCCAUACCACCGGAAGUGAUGGGCCUGACGUUCCUCGCGGCCGGCACCAGCAUACCGGACCUCAUCACGAGCGUGAUCGUAGCGCGGAAGGGAUACGGCGACAUGGCCGUGUCGAGUUCCGUCGGCAGCAACAUCUUUGAUGUAACCGUUGGGCUUCCGGUCCCGUGGCUCCUGUACGGUUUGAUCUACGGGAAACCCGUGGAGGUGAACUCGGUGGGCAUGGUGUGCAGCAUAGCGAUACUGUUCUGCAUGCUGCUGUUCGUGAUCCUCAGCAUCGCCUGCUUCAGAUGGAAAAUGAACAGGGGCCUCGGCUUCACCAUGUUCAUCCUCUAUUUCGUCUUCGUCACCGUCUCGCUGAUGUUCGAGUAUCAGAUCCUGGUCUGCCCUGUGUAGGACAGCGCGACGGGGCAACGCAGCCGGGGGCGGCCGAGGGGUGGUGGUACCACCAGUUCCUCCUCGAGAGAAGGACACGUCUGGCGGAUACGGACGCACACUUACGGGUCUCGUCAUCAUCAUCGUCAUCGUCGUCGGCGAGUCUCGGCCGACGAGAACUCUUCCCCGCGGUCGCCGUCGCUUCGUGCUGAGGAAGGAACCGUGCCCGUACGUUGUAUCGCCUUUCCGCGCGCGUGAAGGGGUAACUCGAGGGUUGGAACGGCAAUAGCAGCACCGUCACACCAAUCUUAUUCACCGAUCAUCGGUCCACGCACACACACAGCAAUUUUGCGUGCCACGCAAAGGAAUAUUACGGAGCGUUUUGUUCUAGUCACGAGAGCUGUACAUAUUGUAUAAAUAUCUUGAAAUACCUGAAACGAAAUACUCGUCUUGUUAAGGAUUAACCGAGCGCGAGCGCUCCGCUCGAGCGCGCAAUUUAUUUAGGCACGGCGAGCGCGUCAGCCGAUCGUGCCAAGGAUCAAAACGUCAUUUAUUUCGAUACGAUCCCGUCGGAUCCAUCUUUUAAUCUCUCUGACCAUUAUCUUGCUGUUCCGCUUCCUUUGCAUCUAUGCCUUUCUCUGUGCUUCUUAUUAAUUUAUUCCAAGAUUUUAAUUCCGCAGAUUUUAAUCCUUCUCUUUUGAACGGAAUCCACGAAGGGAAAUACGAAAGAUUUGCAGGGGUAUUUUGCAUAACGAUAAUUUAAUGAUGACGUUUCCGUUUCUUGAGUACCAUACUUACGAUCUAUUACCAAGGUAGCAAUAAUGUCAGAUUUAAAAUGCCAGAGUCGCUCUUCGCUGGUGCGCAAAAUGUCCCUGCAGAGCUUCUUGCUUGAGACUUGGCACGCUCACAGCCAGAUAUUAUAUAACGUUAUCUCCUUAGAAGGGCCUGACCGCUCGCCGAUUUUCCUCUAAAUCAGGACUUUCUUCGCCUCUAAUUGUAGAAUAGCGUUAUUAUAUUAUAACAUACUCUGUUGUGCUCAUGGAAUCCCACCUGAUGCCGUUCGGCGGUUUCGUUUCGAUGACGAAACUGUGUCAGCUCGAGGCUGUUACCUACAAGGCGUUUGUUUCAUUUCGGACAAGGCUUUUUGCUCUUUCGUGUGCUAAUCGAAACAACUUGUACUAUAUUAUUAUGCAAAGCAUCUUUUUGCAGCGAGAACCUAUUCGUUCCUCGUUAUUCGUAAUAAAUGUCCUCGUAAUAGUCGUCGCGAAAUCUUAUUGUUUCUUGGUUGCAAAAUUAUGAAAAAGUUUGGUCGAUCAGUAGAACGCGUUCUACUUUUGUCAACGACGCCUGAAAUGAAACUGCUGACCGUCGCAUCGGGGAUUCGCAGCGUACGAUCGGAAAACGGAUGUUGCUGUUAAUACGUGAAUAAGAUAGCGGUGAAGUAGCGAUGAAGGUACUGAAAAGGACAUUGAUUGGCAAUCUGAUCGAUCUGUUCGCCGCUUACGUUGCUUACUUUGCUUUCCUUCGUUUCAAUGAAUCGCUGUCGGCAGGCUCAGGGAAAAAGCUGGGCUAGCUCUCGAGCAAAAUCAAAGAAACUGUGUUCAUCGAUGCGUAGCGUUAAUUUAGCAAGGUAGAGGGCGAUCGUUUGCUUAUGUCAGUUAAACAUUUUCAUUUGAGUGAAGACGGGUUUACGACUGACUCAACUUUUCCCCUUGAAAGAGUUGCUUCGAAUAAUAUUAUAAUAUUUUCACAGCGAAAAUCGCGAGUUCGUAGAAACCCAGAAUGGAUUUAUGUUUAUUGCACGGUCAGCACGAAGUGAAUCCGUCAAUCGAAGAUGCAAGAGAACGUCUCAUUCGCGUAAGACACUCAGAUCCGAUUCCGAGCGUGUCUCUUCUUAAAUACAAUUAUUAUUACUACUACUACUACUACUAUUACUACUAUCGUAAUUGUAAAUCUAUAAGCGAUGCACGCAAAAGAGCAUAUCUUCCUAAGUGCAUAGAGAAAACUUGCAGAUCGCGUAUUCACGUGCGAACCGGUGCAUCGUGCGAGGAUUCUGAGGAUCGUCGAUCAGGGCGCACUCGCUCGUCGACGCACUUUACGCACGGUGCGAAUCCUCGCGCGACAGUUCCAUCGCACAUGGGAAAGUAUCGAGGCACACGCAAGUGUGUGAAAAUGCAAACUUGUGGACCGUGCAACAUCUGUUCCUCUGACCUGGUCGAAGUUGUUGGUCACAGUUCUAUUUCGAGAAAGAGAGAGAGAGAGAGAGAAGCUGGAGAAAUGAACAAGUGUAGAGUCGUGCUCAGAUGUUGCACUUUCCGUAAUAUCUCGUUAGCUUUCUGGUACUAUCCGAGCGGCUUUCUCUUUGCUAAAAAUUCUUUCUCUUUUCAAGUUUUGAAGUUGCACUAUGACACUCUAUUAAGAUACUGUUAGAAGAUAUUAAAUUAUUAUUACGAUUGUUACAUGUACACAAUGAAGAUAAACGGGUAACGGGAUGAACGAGUUCGUACGGGUGUGUAUGCGUGAGAUUGAGAGAGAGAGAGAGAGAGAGAGAGAGAGAGAUGUGGCAGAAUGAGAAAGAGAAGAAAGGGAGGAAUAAAAGUGUGUAUAGUUACGGCGCGCACGGAGUGGGCGAUUUUUAAUCCAAGGAGGCCCGUAUUGUAUAAAGCGUUUGUAAAGGAUAACGUUUUAAGAACAUAGAGAUAAUAGUUAUAAUGUGAUAUCGAUUAUUAUAUUACAUACGAGAGAGAUGAACAAAAUGUUAUUAUACAUACUUUGCAGUGUUUGAGAAGAUACAAAGCAGAGAAGAGUAAUAUUAUAUUCGGUAGCCUGUGAGAGAACGCCUAACUUGGAAGCGGCCUAGCUUUUUAUUGAGCCUACAGCUGACGCAGAGAUCGACCCGAGGAAUCGACGUGAGAAAGAAACAGACCAUAAUUAUACCGUAAAAGUACUCUGUCGACGUUAAUCGUUAGAGCGAACUUUUAGAUUAUCAGAGAACGUAACGUAGAGAGAGAACGCGUGAUAUUCAGUGACGAAACAUAUAUAUGCGGUGAGGAUAUACAUACAUAUAAAACUACCUAUAUAUAAUUAUACAUUAUAUCUCCGUGUGUGUGUGCAUAUAUACAUAUAUAUGUAUGUAUAUAUACGCACACGCGUAUAACAAUGUUACUCGUCGCAUUUUUGUAUGGUCCUGUUGGAAGCGAGGAGGACGAUCCGCGGUCUCGCAGCUUACGCUCCGUCGUGGCGAUACGCUUGCGACACUUAUACGCGUCACAGCAAUUACCGUUCAGCCUUCCGACGUAAUGUCCACCUGUCUCUGAUCCAUUGGAAACCAUAGCCGCGCGCAAUCCGACUCGCGUGCUCGAUUAUCACGGAAAAUCCCGCAUCUCUACGCGUUGCUACUUCGAUUCCUCGCGCGACGAAGAGCGUCGCGAGCCGCUCUUUCGUGCCCUCUGAGAGAGAGAGAGAGAGAGAGAGAGAGAGAGAAAAAGAGAGAAAGAGAGAAAAAGGCUGAGAUCGACCGGUGAGGUAGCGUCUGGGAUUGACGAUAUCAAGAAAGCACGAUACCGGAGCGAGACGGAGGAAACCGGAAACGCCGCGAUACCGCGAAGGAUCCGCGGAAACCUCGGCGCAGUUUCCGCGCGCGUGCUCGCACACACCGUACCGAUAUUCUCCGCUAGACGAUAAUACAUGAGAAACGAUAUGUUUUGUUAGACGCGUACACGUUUCUUCUGUGUGCAACGUAGCAGUUUGGAUGACGAAGAAUAGCCGAAUUGCAACGACAAGCUCGGGAGAAAAGGAUCGUGCAGAUAAUCGUGUAGAUCUUUGCAGGCUUUGAGCGUCACGUCAAGAACAGGAUUUCGCCUGCAUGGCGAUACUGCCAAUGAAUUCUAAAAUCAUUUUUUGCUUUCACUCGAAACUUCAUUUCCCCAUGUGACCAUUCCGAGGCUUUUAUUCGCGCGAAAUGACGAUGAAGAUUUGAAGUGAGUUUGUCUCCACAUUAGAUCUCCGCCCGAUAAGUAUGUCGAUCGAAUCUUGGAAUCCGUGGAGAAAGAAAAACGGAGCAUUCCUUCUUUCAAGGUAAACUUGGAAGCGGGCGCAUCAGACACCAUGGAUAAAAAUUGCUCAGGCGAGAACGGGUGAACUUCCGCUCGGCGUAGAAAUAAUUUAACACUCGAUGCAAACGUCACAGCUUGAGGCAAACCGCGAUCUAUCCCCGAUGGAAUGCGAAGCUGGGUUCCCUCGUGACGUCGAGCGAGAAAAUCGGGAAAACGUGUGUACGAGCUCGCGGGGAAAAAGGAAGUGGGAAACGCUGUGCCGGGGCACGAAAAGGAUUAGUCUGUCAGUCGAGCGAAGCAACGAAAGCGGAUUAGCGGGGGAUCGCGUGAUAAGUCGAAGGUCGAGCCCCCUCACAGGGGGUGGCUCGAAGCGCAACGGUGCUCGUGUAAUUUAUGCCUCGUAAUAUACCGCGAGAGACAAACAUCGGCUCGUUGGUAAGGAGGGAAAAGCCCUAGUUUCGAUCUCGAAACACAGCUCGGAAUCGCCCGACUCGAGAGACUGAUUCCUUCCGCGAUCUAGCCGGAUACGAAGGAUAUGCGUGUGGGGAAACAACCUGCCCGAUAACGCCUCCCUUCUGCCGGAAGGGAUUCUAACGCGGGGAGGUUCGAUCGAAUGUCAAAUGGCAUGUCGUUGACUCAUUCAGUAUUUUAGCGGCUCGAGAGGGGUCCAGUUUCCAUGUAAAUACAUGCUGUAUCGCAGCAUGAAAAGGCAACCGUUUGAUCCGAUCCUUGCGUUGUCGAAUUAUCAGGACGCAAUUGUACGCACGUUAUAUAUUUUAGGCACGUUAUAUAUUUUAUGUAGAGCGUGAAAGAAACGAAAGAAAGAGCAAAAGAAAGAGAGCGAGAGAGAGAGAGAGGGAGGGAGAAGUUAUUUAGAUGCACGUACAUGUACACACAUAACUUUACUUUCGAGGAGUAAACAAUUUUCCUUACUUUCGAUGGGUGAACGCGACGAAACGAAGCGUGUCUUCGAAAAAGGAAAAUUUGCUCGAGUUUGUCCGAGAAAUUUGUUAAAUUAAAUUGCGAUGCAUCGAUGCGGCAACCCCGUCGUUACACGGGGAUAUUUUGGGGAAAAUAGCAUUGAAAAUGAUUGAGGAAGGAAACGAGCUCCCGCCAGUUAGUGCAUUCAACCCGAAACAGUAUGAUCCGAUAGAGACCCUUCUUAAUUUGAGGGCGUCGUAAAGUCUCCCCUAAGAGAGCACACGAUUAUCUUUUUAUAUUGAUAAAACGCUUGAUUUCCCAAAGAUGUGCGGCUUUCGAGACUUUUAUUCGCGUGGCAAAAAAAUGUGAACUUAUUGUUACAAUAUACAUAUAUAUACAUAUAUAUAUAUGUAUAUGUAUAUAUAUAUAUAUAUAUACACACACAUAUAGAGAAUGUCCGUUAGACCCUUUUAUAUUUUUAUGUGAAUGCAAUAUGUUGUACGUUUAGAGAGUUGAUGGUAGCUGUUAUCACCCGUCGCGCGCUCGCAACAAGACGUUUCGGACUAGAUUUUAAGCGAUGUUAAGAUGAGAAUUUUCUUGGUUGGUUUCAUACUUUUUAACGUAGCUUUCGAGAGAACCAUAGGUGAAUUUUUACAUCGUGACGACGACGCGGUCGGCAGGAUAUUAGAGCCGAGCACACGGGACGACGAUCGGUAACGAUCUCACUAAUUCGAAUCUCGGCGAGUUGCUGAGAGAACCGCCACGCAAAUGACAGAAACCGUUCUCGGCAUCGAUCGCACGUGUACGACCAAGAACGUCACUAACUGUUCUUCUGGCAGAAACGAAAUAUGAUAUAUAAUCGUUACGAUAUUCGGAUACCAAAUAACGCGGGAAUAACGGAGUAAAAAGGGACACAAAACGCACGCUGUGAAAAGAAUCGAAUAUGAUCGAACGCUUCGAGUAUUUUCUUGGCAUUGACAAAGCGCGAACGCACAUAUCAAAGAGAGAAAUGUUGAAUAUAUAAUAUAAUAAUAAUAAUAAUAAUAAUUGAUUACUCAGUAGUAUUAUUAGUGACUUAAGUCGCGUAAAAGAUAAUUAGAUCGCGAGGUUUACGAGCGUUAUAAAGUUUAAGAUUACAGAUUAUAUAUAUAUAUAUAUAUAUAUAUAUAUAUAUGUACUAUAUUGUUCGAGAGAGUCUCAUAAGCUGGAUCGUCGAUCGAUUGUGCGAUAUGCUGAAUCGCACGACUCGAGCAAGGGCUUGAUGCACUUUUUCGCGACUACGGGCGAUCAGCGUAUUCGACACUAACGUAACAUUACUCAGAAGGAUCUCGCGUUUACGUCGGGCUUUUCUUUUGAUAUAUAUUUCAUUAUCGCCAUCUUAACGCGUCGCAUAUGUAAGGUUGUACCCCCGUCCAUCGCCGCAGCAGUAGAUUUACGGGAUACGACGCGUAGUUAAAUCACUACUUACGAGAGUAAUUAAGUCACCGCAGAGUGCUAGGAAGACGCAGAGCGAAGCGAGGAGAAAUAUAAAUAUAUAUACAUACAUACACACACAUAACACAACACACACACACACAAUAUAAAUAUAUAAAUAUGCAAAUAUACGUAUAAAUAUGUAAAGUAUCUAACGUUGUAUACGUUCACGUCGACAAUUUCGAGUUCGAAACAUUUUUAUUACGAUAACAGUUUAGUUUCUCUUGAUGUUCGUAAGAUACGUCUUCGAUGCGUUAUUUAAGAUCGGGGCCGUGACACGACGAUCGUUGUACGCGUAACGAGCGUACAACGACGUUCUGGACGAAAUCGCUUUUUGCGUGACGGCACUCAUAUAUAUAUAAUUUCGCUACUCCUUGCAGUCUCGCGGAUUAUGGGGAAAUAAUUUACUGGAGUAGAGGCAAUAGAGAAUGCGGUACGGACGCAUCAAUGACCACGUUCCAAAGUUCGCGCGGGACGAAUCUCAGCUUAAUUAAAAUUAGAGAUCGCGUAACCAAGAGUACGAGAGUACGAGAGAGAGAGAGAGAAAGUCUAGCGUCUAAAAAACGGGACUUUACCGCAAGCAGAAAAGAAAAAAGUCAUAACCGACGAAGGAAGUACCCUCGACAAAAGAGAAAAAAAAAAGAAGAAAAGACACGCUGAUGGUGAAAAGAUAAAAGUCGAUCGCCGGUGGAGUCAGCGUCGAGAGAGUUCAGGUCACUCGUGCGCCAAACGACGUACGUGACGACUUCGACCUGACGUUCGUGUUCGAAGACGGGGACGAGGAGGAUGACGAGCGAGGAUCAUCCAGGAGAAGGAUCAUCGAUAACGAUCGACGCCUUAAUGAUCAACGAUUUCCGCGUGUCCGAGAAGGAGAAACGGACGCGGACCAGUCGGACCGAAUUACGGCGCUGGCGCCAACGAGCACGACACCGCGUGUGCAAUAAAGUGCGGAAUAUAUAUAUGUAUACAUAACAAUAUUAAUAUCAUUAUAUACAACAUUUUUACAGCAUAUACGGAUACGAAAGUAGAACAAAUGAAGAUUUAAAAAAAAAACCCAGAGAAACCCAGAAGUUUUAGGAUAAUGAUUACUUGUUGUUGUCUACCAUAGCGCCGUAGCAUCAAUAGGUAAGGCAUUAGCUCGUUAGCUCUAUUCGAAGAAUGCGUGUAAGGCAUGAGAGAAUGGCAUCUUGAAGCAUCACUCGAGGAUGUGAGAAAGGGUGUGUGAGAGAGAGACGGGGUGAGGAAGCGAGAGCGAGAGAGAAAGAGAGAGAGAGACGAACGAGUGAUUGAGAUGAGAGCGAGUGAUCGAAUAUAUAAAAUACACACUAAUUAUUACCUAAUUGCAAAUAUAUAUAUAUAUAUAUAUAUAUUCACAUAUUAUAUGUUCUGUACAUAUAUCCAUAUGUGUAUAUAUAUACAUACUUUCUCGCGAGGGAAAGCUAGUUAUUACACUUAACGAGAAUCAGUGAUUGAUAUUAUAUACUGAAUCUAUACAUACACUUUUAAAAACGUGUGCCUAUGUGCGCACGUGCGUACGUGCGCGUACGUGCGCGUACGCGCGGACACUUUCUUUCGUCCCCGCACCCUCGCGGCGGUCACGCAAUCCCCUCAAUCCCCGUUCCUUCUUCUCCACCUUCUCAUCCCGCAGUCUGCCUCUCUCGCCACCUCAGCCAACUCGUCACACGCACUUGCGCACAUAUCCAUUACGCAUUACCGUAGCUACGUUGUGUAGGGAUGUCUUUAAUGAGUAAGCUACGAUUUCUCAUAUGUUACAUGUUGUACGAAAGAGAAAAACCAAAAAAAGCAAACCACAUACGCGGAAUGGGAAUCUCGAGGAACGACGAAACGUAUACUUCUUCCGGUCAGUUGCAGGAUUGUCCAAUUAAGCUGCACGCCGCGGUACGCGCGCGAGCGUCUGAUUAAACGAGCGGGCGAGGGAUAAAGAGGAAAAUUACGCGCGUAUACUUUGUACAUUUGUCGCCACACACACACACACACAUACACACAAUGCAACUUACUGAUUCGUCAAUCGCGACGCUUCCUCACGAUCUUUUCGCAAUUCGAUUCGGAUGUUCUUUUCGUUUUCCGCUUUCGUCACGAGAGAAGCCACGGCGGUGAACGAGCAGGAACACGUCAUCAUUGUCAAUCAUUGUUUGAUGUUGCUUUACGAUACACGUCGUUUUCAUCGAGGCAUAAGGGAGGAGGGAAACGUAUGUAUGGCGUACGGCUUGUCGCGGAUUCACGUCGCUCUUUGCACGCUACCACCUCAUUCCUUCAUCCUUGCCAUCCCCGGCGAUACGUUCCUACGGUAGAAUUGAGGUAGAACAGAGAAAAUUUCCACUUACGCGCUUACUUUUCGCCGGAGAUCCCCGCACGUCUUCCGGACGCGCGUGGCUCUCCCGUUCGGUCCCGUUAUAAAUGACCUCGAGUGGCAGCGGUACUUUGCAUGAUCAAAUCUGAUUCCCACGGGGGUGUAUGUACGCACCUUCGCUCACGUCACCCUCUUUUAUCCGAACCUGUAAACGUGUAACAUCGUGUAACAAUAGGAAGGUACCUGGAGCGAU